AUGGCUGCGGGUCAAAGUGAACCCUCUCUUGAUCCUCACGAUCCUCGAUUCCUGAACUGGGUUCCUGCGGGUCCCGGCGACUCGCGAGGCCCUUGUCCAGCUUUGAACUCCCUUGCCAAUCACGGCUUCCUUCCUCAUGAUGGUAAGAACCUCAACGUGGCUCAACUUGUCCUGGCACUGUUCGAAGGCCUGGGUGUGUCGCCAGAGAUAUCUGGUGUCAUUGGUCUCCUCGGAGCUCUGUCUUCCACUCAUCCACUCAGUCUGACCUUUGAUCUUCACGAUCUUUCGCGUCAUCUGUUCUUCAUUGGACAUGAUGAUAGCUUUUCACGCCAGGACUGCCGUAUCGGCGACUGCAACGACUUCAAUAUGACUCUGUGGCAGACGGCGCUCGAUGCCAUCGGUGAAGGCCCUAUGGUUGGUGCUCUGGACCUCGGACGUGGCAAGUCUGCCAGGAUAACCAGUGAACUUGCCCAAAACCCUGAGGAUUCAUAUGGCCCAAGAGCAGCAGGUUUUGGAGCCAUAGAGGCCGGCUUUGUUCUCACUGCAAUGGGUGGUCCCUCCGCAGUUGCACCACUGAAGUAUGUGCGUACCUUCUUCGAAGAGGAGAGGUUGCCCUGGGACGAAGGCUGGCGACCAUUCGUCGAAGCCACCAAUGUUGCAACCGUGAGCGCCGCAGCUAUAUUGUCGUUGGCAGCGGAUCCCAACUUGCUUCCUGACGCUGCCAGAGUCAUUAUUGACACCCCAUCGGUAUGUGCAUUUUCUUCCACGGAAGCAAUUUUCUGCUCACGAGUUCUGGGUAGGAACUUCUCGAGACUGUGA